GUGGCAAUCACACGUUGAUUUUUCUCGACCAAUCACAAAGACAUCGGCACCCUCUAUCUCGUAUUUGGUGCCUGAGCCGGAAUAGUGGGGACAGCCCUAAGCCUCCUCAUUCGGGCAGAACUCAGCCAACCUGGUGCUCUCCUAGGGGACGACCAGAUUUAUAACGUAAUCGUUACCGCACACGCCUUUGUAAUAAUCUUUUUCAUAGUUAUACCAAUUAUGAUUGGAGGCUUUGGCAACUGACUUAUCCCCCUGAUAAUCGGUGCCCCAGACAUAGCAUUCCCUCGAAUAAAUAAUAUAAGCUUCUGACUUCUACCCCCUUCAUUCCUUCUUCUCCUGGCUUCUUCAGGUGUCGAAGCUGGUGCCGGUACCGGGUGGACUGUCUACCCUCCCCUAGCUAGCAACCUCGCCCAUGCUGGAGCCUCAGUAGAUCUAACCAUCUUUUCACUACACCUUGCAGGUAUUUCAUCAAUUCUGGGAGCUAUCAACUUCAUUACUACCAUUAUUAACAUGAAACCCACAACUGUCACAAUAUACCAAAUUCCCCUGUUUGUCUGAGCCGUCCUAAUUACGGCUGUCCUGCUGCUCCUCUCGCUGCCAGUUUUAGCCGCCGGUAUUACAAUACUGCUUACAGACCGAAACCUUAAUACAACAUUCUUUGACCCUGCAGGAGGAGGGGAUCCAAUCCUCUACCAACACCUGUUUUGAUUCUUUGGCCACCCUGAAGUAUAUAUUUUGAUCCUCCCAGGCUUCGGUAUGAUUUCGCACAUUGUUGCAUACUACUCAGGGAAGAAAGAACCCUUCGGCUACAUGGGUAUGGUCUGAGCUAUGAUGGCUAUCGGCCUUUUAGGUUUUAUUGUGUGAGCCCACCAUAUGUUCACAGUCGGUAUGGACGUAGACACACGAGCUUACUUUACAUCAGCAACAAUAAUUAUUGCGAUCCCAACAGGUGUAAAAGUUUUUAGCUGAUUAGCCACCCUUCACGGAGGGAACAUUAAAUGAGAAACACCACUACUAUGAGCCCUCGGGUUCAUCUUCCUUUUCACAGUAGGGGGCCUGACCGGGAUCGUACUAGCCAACUCCUCCCUAGACAUCGUUCUUCAUGACACAUACUAUGUAGUAGCCCACUUCCACUACGUCCUUUCGAUGGGGGCCGUCUUUGCCAUCGUUGCUGCUUUCGUCCACUGAUUCCCGCUAUUUACAGGCUACACACUUCACUCAACAUGAACAAAAGUUCACUUCGGCGUAAUAUUUAUUGGAGUAAACUUAACAUUCUUCCCCCAACAUUUCCUAGGUCUAGCCGGAAUGCCCCGACGCUACUCUGACUACCCCGAUGCCUAUGCUCUCUGAAAUACGGUCUCCUCAAUUGGAUCUCUAAUGUCUCUCGUCGCUGUAAUUAUGUUCCUAUUCAUUAUUUGAGAAGCAUUCUCAGCUAAACGAGAAGUCCUAUCAGUCCUUAUAACCGCAACAAACGUUGAGUGACUCCACGGCUGCCCUCCCCCCUACCACACAUUCGAGGAACCUGCAUUCGUUCGAGCCCCAUUAAACUAG